CCCAUUAUCACCACCACUUCAUCACUCGGUUUACUUCUUACUCCUCAACACGAUGACCACUCGUCUCCUCCUUUUUCUCCCACUUCUCUUUCUCUUCAUCACCCCAUCUGUUUCUGCAGUGUUAAAGCUCAACGUGCUGAGUUAUGGUGCCAAACCCGACGGCUCAACCGACUCAACCAAAGCCUUUUUAGCUGCAUGGACUCGGGCCUGUGCCUCCACUAGCCCCGCGAGCAUCUACGUACCCAAAGGGAGGUUUUUGUUGCGCAGUGUGGAGUUUCAGGGCCAAUGCAAGAACAGGGCUAUCACGAUUCGGAUCGACGGGACCCUCGUGGCUCCGACCGAUUAUCGGGUCAUCGGAAAGGCCGACAGCUGGGUUGCGUUUAAGGACGUUGAUGGGGUUUCCAUUCUUGGCGGAAAAUUUGAUGCUAAGGGGACUGGCUUGUGGGCUUGUAAGAACUCCGGCAAGAGUUGCCCCGACGGUGCAACGACACUAAGCUUUAGCAAAUCGAAGAACAUCAUUGUCGUCGGGUUAAAGUCGUUAAACAGCCAGAUGUUUCACAUCGUAAUCAACGGCUGCCAGAACGUGAAACUGCAAGGAGUGUCUGUCAUUGCCUCCGGUAACAGCCCCAACACCGAUGGUAUUCAUGUACAACUAUCGAGCAGCGUCACCAUCCUCAACUCCAGGAUUCAAACAGGCGAUGACUGCAUCUCAAUUGGCCCUGGUGCAACUAAUCUCUGGAUGGAGAAAAUCACAUGUGGCCCCGGCCACGGUAUCAGCAUUGGGAGCUUGGGGAAGGACCAGAAUGAGGCUGGUGUUCAGAAUGUAACAGUUAAAACAGCCACAUUCAUAGGUACCCAGAAUGGAGUGAGGAUCAAGUCUUGGGCAAGACCAAGCAAUGGAUUUGCAAGGAACAUUGUUUUCCAACAUAUUACUAUGAAGAACGUCGAAAAUCCCAUCGUGAUCGACCAGAACUACUGCCCCGGCAACAAAAACUGUCCCGAUCAGGUUUCGGGAGUUAAAGUUAGCGAUGUGACAUACCAAGACAUACAUGGAACGUCAGCGACAGAGGUUGCUGUAAACUUUGAUUGCAGUUCUAAGCAUCCGUGCAGUGGGAUACGAAUGGAAGGGGUGACUCUUACGUACAAGAAUGCAGUAGCUGCAGCUUCAUGUAAGCACGCCGGUGGAACUUCUCUCGGGGUUGUUCAGCCUACAAGUUGUUUGUAGAAAUGCCCAGCCCAGAAGAAACAAUGGUCUUAUUAUUAUUAUUAUAUAAUACUGUGUUAAGUAGUAGUUGCCUUGCCUGAGUCUGUGGCGCUGUUAGCUCCAUUGAGCUACAUUGGAGCCUGGCCUUGCAAUGAGCAUGGUGUAGUAGUGUAGGA